AUGAACUUAGCAGCAAAUAUUGCCCUUAAUCUUACCGAUGAACUGUAUAAAAGUAAAUAUUUUAGUCUUGCGCUCGACUCGUCCACUGACAUAACGGCAAUUUCUCAACUGCUAUUGUUCGUAAAGUAUGUAUCGAAGGAUUGUGUUCUUAAAGAAGAUUUUUUGGGAAUGAUUCCUAUGACUGGACAAACUCGAGGUAUUGAAUAUUUGAACACAACAGUAAAUUUUUUUAACGAGCAUAGCAUUGAUUUGAUAAAGGUUUUUUCUGUGUGUACUGAUAAUUGCCCAUCAAUGUUGGGGCAAAAUAUAGGGUUUGUUCAACUGUUGAAAAAACACUUGGGAAAUGAUAAUUUAUUGAGUUUCCAUUGUAUCAUUCAUCAAAAAAGCUUAGCUGCUAAAUUUGGUGAAAAUUUCAGCUGUGUUAUGAAAACACUUGUAAAGAUUGUGAAUGUCAUAAGAUCAAAUGAACUAAACUACAAAGAGUUUCAAGAAUUUUUGAAAGAAUUGUCGCAAUAUGGGGACAUUAUUUACCACACAGUAGUGAGAUGGCUGAAUAAGGGUAAAGUUUUGGAACGUUUCUUCAGCAUUCGACAUGAGAUUACUCUGUUUUUGGCUACAAAGAGUAAAGAGUUUCUUGAUAUUUAUAAUUUUAGUUGGCGGCUUAAAGUAGCGUUUCUCACUGAUACAAUGAGCACUAUGAAUGAAACAUUGACCAAAUGGCAAGGAGACUACAAUAACAUUGUAACGAAAAUGUUGAGUAGUGCAUUUUCACUGGAGCAGAAGCAAAAUAUUAUGUAUAUUGAAGAAUUUUCAAAUGAAGAUUAUUCCAGCUUUCCUUCCGUUAAAGCACUGUUUGAUGAACAGUCAGAUGAAAAUCAAAAGAUUUAUGACCUACUAAAGCUGUUAGCAGACCUAAAGGAUGAAAUGUCUGUGAGGUUUAGUGACUUCAGGAAGUUCCAAGAACCAUUUCGCUUGGUGGAAAAUCCAUGGGCAAUAACAACAGCAAAUGUAGCUCAUCUUUCUAUUUUUGGAUACGAAGCUAGGGAUUUGAAAAAAAAUUAA